UGCCCUGUUUCUCGUCUCUCACUUCACCCUGCGUCUCCCUCCAACUCCGUAAGCUGCUCCUUGCAUGAAAACGGCCGGGCUUUAAGACGAAGUCAUAGGUGUGAGAAUCCACAGAACGCCACGUCAGAAAGCGCCUCGUCCAACAGCCAACGUUUGCCCAACGGUUGUCAAUGUCAUCAGUGCUAGCCGCAGCCAUGUCUCCUGGCGAAAUCGACUUUUCCGAACUCGACCUGCACAGCACGCCCCCCCUCUCUCUCCCGCCGCCUCUCGCCAUUCCUCUACUCAGCUACAGCCUUUGGUUAUCCGCUCAGCUCCGCGCCAACCCUUCCCUUCAGCUUCGGGAUGUCCUGCUUGAGCUCUCCCAAGCCUCGCCGCCGGACCACCAGCUUUCGGUUCGGCAAAACGGUUGCGGGGCGGAGGAGGGCGACGAGGAACCCCUGAUACCACCGGCGGCUCAGCUGUUCGAUGUGUCCCGAUGUACUCGAAAGGACAUUCCAACCGAUAUUAACUCGUAUCGGAAGGUCCUUCCUUCCUGUCGGAAGGAUAAAGAACUCCUUGCAGGUACUGAGACCGCCGCGCCUAAGCAGAAAACAUGCGAUUAUACCAAGUCAGCUGCUAACGAGGAUGUAAGGGACGGAGAGGACGCGCAGUGUGGGGCGACGACCUCUUCAUGCGACGGCAAAAACUCGUGCGACAGCGAGCGAUCGUGCGAAAGUGACGACCUGUCAAGCGACGACGAGUCAUCCAGCAGCGGCGAUUCGUACAGUGGAUUUUCGUCGUUCGGGAGCGAAGAUUCGUUCGAAAUUUCCGAUUCUUCUCACACCGGCAGUGCAAGGUUGAGUGUUCCCGAGCCGCUGAUUGUCCAACCAUCGUCGAAUCGCGAGUUGGCUCAACAGAACGACGUUGAAUCCUCGAGACCUGCGUUGACUCUCGACGACGACCGUCCAUUCGGCGCCACGUGGCCGUUCGGGCCGCACAGAUUUCCGCCGGUGUCGCCGGCGAGUGCGACAGAAUCGCCCGGCAAGUCGCCCAACAGCAAAGGGCAGCGCGUUCGCUGGUGCGACGAGGAGGACGGCGGGUCGCUCGUCGACGUUCGCGAAUUCGAGCGAAGCGCCAUGGAGUGGGAGGACAUUAGCUUGCCGCCCAGGCAACGCAGGUACUACGACGCGGAAGAGGAUGAUGUGUGUGGCUGCUCCCUGCAGUGAUGACGUGUGUAGCUGCUCCCUGCAGUGAUGACGUGUGUAGCUGCUCCCUGCAGUGAUGACGUGUGCGGCUGCUCUCUGCAGUGAUGCCGGCUGAUUCCAGCAGUUACACAGCAAGGGGGGUUGGGGGAGGGGGAGGGUUGGGAGCGCUGAUUGCAGAUCCUGUGUCAAAUCCUGUCUUCUUGAGAAGUGCAUUUUUGAGGCGCCUCAAACAGAGACUCGUCAAGGAGGGUUGGGAGUGCUGAUUGCGGAUCCAUUCAAACCCUGUCUUCUUGAGAAGUGCUCAAGGCGCGUGGGGGGUGGGGGUGGGGGGGAGGGGGCGGGGGGGAGAAGGGAGUGCAAGAGUGAGAGCAGUGGAAGCAGCAUGAAAGGGCAGGUGCUGCAUCCCAUGCGUUGCUAGCCUCUCAAGUUCAGGGUUCAUGGGGGUGGGACGAUGUGGUCGGCUGAGAUUCGGGAAUAAGCUGCGAUGCACGCUGAAAGUGGGUGCAGGGGAGUGUGUAGGCCUCGAUCAGAAGCGCAUGCAUGUUUGUGCCCGGCUUGAUUUGAGCCCUCUUCUUGCUACUCAUGGGCCAUGUGUGGUGCUCAGGUCAGGGGUGUGGUGUUCAGGGGUGUGAUGUGGUGGGGAGGGGUGGGGUGGGUUGGGAUGAUUCUGUAAAAGUUAGGGUGAUGUUGAGAACUGGGGGAUGAAGCUUGGCUGAAGGGGGUGCUUCGCCAGCUCAUGCGCAUUGCCGACACAUGUUGGAGCAUAUGUUGGAGCUGAUCUGCCUGCAAUGCAAUGGAUCAUGGAAUGCAAGCCCAGAUUG